AUGCCAGAUCAAAAUUUUUGGUCCUCGUUCACCCUCACCUGAACGGAACAAAAAAAAAAAGAAGAUACGAUAAAAUGUUUUAGUUUCAUUGUUGUGAAGAAAAAAGAAGACACAUAUUUUAUCAUGAGUGAAUCACCACUUUCGGAUACAUUAGAUGAUUUAUUAUACAAUGACGAUGAUAAUACAAAUUCUGAUGAUAAUAAUCAAUCAAAUGAAUAUACAAUACCUAGAACAAAUAUAUCGUCAAAUAAUGAAUUAAAAAUUAAAAUAAAAAAACGUAAAAAUGAACAAUCAUCAGAUAACAAAGAACAUAAAAGAAAAAAAAAAUCUAAAAAUCAACCAAUAUAUAUGCGUCGUAAUAUUCGUACUUUAUUAACAAAUGAUAAAUUACAAGAUGGUACAUUAACAGCACUUAAAGCUGAACAAGAUCGUCUUAAACGUCUUGAAGAAAUAAAACAUUCAUUACAAACAGUUUAUAAUCAUCAACCAACAAAUUAUAAUCAAACAUCAACAUUAACAAAAUCAAAUGAACAAGAAUGUAUUGUUUUAGAUGAUGAUGAUGAUGAUGAUGAUGAUGAUGAUGAUGAUGAUGAUGA